GAAAAGUUCACCUUUCACACCGAACUUUGAAUUGGGGUCAAAGGUCAACCUUUCGCACCAAAAACAUUAUAAUCAUUAUAGUCUAUCUACAACUGGUAGAUCUAGUCUAAUAAAUUAGUCGAUUUGGAUAAGAUCUACUCUAGGAUUACCAAACAACUUCAUUCACUUUCUCUGUGUUUGAACUAAGAGUCUGCUUGAAAAUUAGAGAUGGCAUCUUCAGAAUUAAUGAGUCGAACUUUUAUAAUUGGUGUUGGUAUGAGUAAAUUUGUGAAACCUUUGACAAAAGCAUGGGACUAUCCUGACAUGGCUCGUGAAGCAGGAGUUCAGGCCCUGACAGAUGCUAGAAGAGAGUAUAAGGAUAUCAAAGCUGUUGUGGCAAGCUAUUGUUAUGGAGAGCCAACAUGUGGACAAAGAGCUGUCUAUGAGCUUGGAUUAACUGGUGUACCUAUCUUUAAUGUUAACAACAAUUGUUCAUCAGGUUCUUCAGCUCUAAUGCUUGCUCGAAGAAUGGUUACAAGUGGAGUAGAAGAUUGUGUCAUGGCUAUAGGUUUUGAAAAGAUGGAAGGAGGUUUGUCUGAAAAGUACAAUGAUCGUGUGUCACCUGUGGAAAAACAUAUGAAACAUAUGGUUAACUUAGGUGCUGAUGAUCAGCUAAUAAGCCCUAAGUUAAAUAAAAUGACAUCAGAUGUUAUUAAGCUGUUUGCAUAUGCUGCAAGAGAGUAUAAAAAAAACUACCCAGAUGGAGUGGAUGAAGCUCUGGUGAAGAUAGCUUUCAAGAACAGAAAGCAAGGUGUUAACAAUCCCAAUGCUUCAUUUCAACAUUUAAUGAGUGAAGAAAUCAUAGCAAGUAAAUCAGUUCUGUGUCCACCCAUCACAUUUGGAAUGACUGCAGCUACUGCAGAUGGUGGAGCUGCUGCCAUUGUAUGCAAUGGUGAAUAUGUUGUCAAGAACAAUUUACAAGACAGAGCUGUAGAGAUUUUAUCACAAAACAUGGUUACAGAUCUUCCUUCUUCAUUUGAAAAGUCAUUCAUGAAUUUGUCAGGAUAUAGCAUGGCUAGAAAAGCAUCUGAAAAAUGUUACACUGAAACAAAACUGACAUCGAAAGACAUAGAUGUCUUUGAGGUACAUGAUUGCUUUUCUUGCAAUGAGUUGUUUAUGUAUGAGGCUCUACAGCUAUGUCCACCUGGCAAAGCUGUGCAAAUGAUACAAAAUUCAGAAUGGAGGACAAAUAAAAAUGGUGGUGAACUGCUGUAUUUAGACAAAAAAUGGGUUGUCAAUCCUUCAGGAGGACUAGAAUCAAAAGGUCAUCCAAUUGGAGCCUCUGGUUUGGCACAAUGUGCAGAACUUGUUUGGCAGCUUCGAGGGGAAGCAAACAAGAGACAGGUGGAAGGUGCAAAGACAGCCAUGCAACACAAUUUUGGGAUUGGAGGUGCAGCAGUUGUAACCAUUUAUGGCAAUGCAGGGAUGAACUUGAUGUCAAAAAUGUAAUUUUCAAAGAUGUGAUAUUAUUGUAAUGAAAAGGUUUAACAUUACAGUCAUUGGUUUCUUAAACCUACUAUAUUUUGUUGCUUUGGUUUAAUUGCAUGAAUAAUUACCGGUGAAACAAAUUUAAAUAAAAUCAACAUGCUUUUAGAAUAUUACUAAGUUUUAUGAUUGAUUAAUGAUUAAAGAGAAAUAUUUUUUUCUUUUUCAAUGCUUAUAAUGUUGAUACUGAAUGGCUAGUCAUAGCUAGUGGCAAAUUUAUUGAAGCCUAAAUAAAGUACAUUUUUAAACAAUGUAAACAAUUAUCUGAUAAUUUUGUCAAAAUAUUAUUUCAUUUGUUGAAAAUUUUGAAGUUUUGUACAUUCUAACUUCUUUUUUGCCUAACCCUUCAUCUUUCAGACAAAGAUAUGGUAAUAAUGAAAAUACAUAUAUUUUAAUUUAGUAACAUCAUGUAAUGAUCACAAAACAAAACUUAUUUUAUGUACUACUUCAAACAAAAAAACACUAAAAAUAUUAAUUAAAAAAAAUAUAUAUUUAAAUCAUUCUUUUGACCUUGGCAAGGAUAAUUCCCUCUCCAAAUUCAAACUCUAUAAACUGAAUAGGAAAGGAUAGGUUUAACCUACUUUUGUUCUUUUUUUUUUCAUAAUAUAUUUACAGUUACUUAUAUUUUUCCAUUCAACAAGUAUUUGUUCACACUGUUACUCUGUAUUUCUAUGACAAGAUUUACAUUAAAAACUCUUUUUCAGUGUAUGUAUAUAUAUAUAAACAGGUACACAUUUUGAAAAGAGUCAAAUCAGGAACUUUAGGUCUACUUUAAAAAAAGGUAAAGUUCCCCUUUCAGACCUUGCGAUCUAGUUUGCAUAGUAAAAAUUCCAGUGUAUUCAAUUAAACUCAAUAAUUAACAGUCAGACACCAAUUUGUCAUUAUGUCUCAUUACUCAUAACUAAGAAUAAGGUUAAACAAAAUAUUUGAUAUGUACCUAUUCAUUAUAAAACUCAAACUGAAUGUUUUUAAGCUACAUAUAUUCUCUAAAUCAUCUUACAUCUUCUUACGUUUCUGUAACUUAUAUUGCAUCUUCUUUAAUGUCUGUUAAUUUUUAAUGGUAUAUCUAAUAUAUAAAGCAAAUUGUAUGUAUGUAUGUCUUUGAAUAAAAAAUCAAAACCAUUUGACCAAUCUUGAUAAAA